AUGGAUUCUAAAGCGUUGCAAUUAACACGUAUGUAUAUGUGGAUCGUUGUGCUUUCACAAACCGUGUAUGUUGUUCCAGUUGUAGAGGCUCACGACGGUACUCUAGUGACGUCAAAAUCUGACUCACCCCCAAACGAAUGCACUGUGAGUUAUGACUUAAAUGAGGUCACGGUUGAUUGCGCGUUCAGGUCACUGAGCAAAGUUUACUUGGAGUGGUUUCCUAGCAACACAACUAACAUUAUCUUAAAUAAUAACAUAUUAACGGAAGUUCCAGCAAUAUUUUCCCAACUAUCUUCAUUACGUCGUCUUAACCUGGCUAUCAACUUAAUCCGUGGAUUAAAGUCAAGUGAUUUAAUAUGGAUGUAUAAUCUGAAUUAUUUAAAUUUAGAGUUUAAUGGCAUUAAUCUCAGAAGUAUUCCAAUGACAUCAAAUUUGUGUGAGUAUACAAUUAAAGAACUUUUUCUUAAACAAGGAGUAAGUGACGACCUGCCAUUUAACAUAAGCAACGUCAUUGGUGGAUUAUAUAAUUUAACUACAUUAUCAAUUGAUGUGUAUGGCUAUGAUUUAUACUUCGAUGAGAAAGUCAAGGAAUUAGAAAUGUUAUCAUGGCUCACCAUAGCUGGGAGUGUGGAGAAUAUCACAGGUCGUAGUUUCGAGAACGUUCCACAUCUGCAAUACUUGUAUUUGGAUCAUCCCGUUCAGGGUAAGGAAUUCAGCGCCGAUGCAAUGGCAUCGCUCACCAUGCUGGACAGCUUGUUCAUCAUCUAUCUACCCGUUGGUCUCCAAAAAAUCUUGGCUGGCUUCAAAUCUCUUGAAGGCCGGAACUUGACUAACGUGGUUUUGAACCGGGUCCAAAAAAUCACGACGGAGAAUUAUUCCAGCAUGUUGUCUAGAGAUGGCGUCAUUGACGAGAACUCGACCAAACAUCUGCGACGCACGUGCAUCCGUGAGGUCACCGUGACCGGGUGUUCUAUCUUCGUCAUCACCAUCGACGCGUUUAGACACGGGGUGUUGAUAGACUGCUUGACGCUCAUCGAUUUGUCUGAGAAUCCACUGCUGGGUCUGAGGUUUGCGCCAUUUCUGCUGUUCAACAUGAGAAACCUGCAAACGGUGAUGAUUCGAAGUUCGCUCAGGUCGCAUUACCGAAUCGACGCGUUCCAGUUCGAUGUUCGAAGGCAAGGUGAUGUUCAUUAUGAAGAUCAUUAUAAACAAAAAACAAAUAUCAAGUUUGAUAUUACUAAAUACUUGCAAGAGGAUACAUAUUCAAAAAAGUCAUCUUGGAAUGAUGGACACACUCAUAACCUGGAGAAAACAUCAGAACAUGUUGCCAUCCGAAAACAAAACGAAACCAACUCUAUUCAACUUACAAUGUACUUAUCCCCUUCCCUCCGGUAUGUCGAUGUGGCUAGACUCUAUUUAUCAGCUUAUCUUGGUGUUAACGUGAGGAUUAUCGGCGGGGAUAAUCUCAUCUUCUUGGAUCUAAGUGACAGCGGAUUUAGAAGUUUUACUGGGACGUUCAUCGGAUUCACUAAUCUCAAAGCGUUAGUUCUUUCUGGUAAUGAUGUCUCCUCACUGUCCGAUUCAUUCUUCGAUCCAGUCCCCACGCUUGAAAUGCUGUCAAUGUCGAAUUGUAAUUUAAACAAUAAUUUUAACUCCCGUAAGGGUUCCAGAUAUCUCCAGAACCUUAUUCAACUGAAGCAGCUUGACUUGUCUCACAAUUCCUUAGACAGUUUACAAGACGACGUGUUUCGUUAUAAUAAUUUAACACACCUUAUUCUUUCGAACAAUCGCUUCAGAAACAUCCCUCUUGAUUUAAAAAGUUUUGCAAAUCUAGAGCUACUUGAUGUAAGUAAUAACGCCAUUGUAUCGCUGGGUGAGACUGAAAUGGUUGAAAUGGACAGGUUAGCCGCUAACGCAAAUGGUUUUCAAUUAAUUUUAGACGGUAACAUUUUAUCAUGCGGCUGUGCCAGUUUGAAGUUUCUACAGUGGAUAAAGGAAACGAAAGUUACAUUAGAUAAUUCAAGAGAUUUCAAGUGCAUUGACGACGACGGCGAGUUAACUACCACCGGGGCCUUUACAAACCUUGAAGAAACUUGGCGAAAAUGUAGUGAUACUGUUUUUCUUUCCGUGUCUAUUGUUUUGUUUUUUGUUCUUGUUCUAGGUUUUGUUUUAUGCUUCUUCGUAUCCAAGUACAAAAUUUACAUCAUCUCCACGUUAAUGUCGUUGUUUGGUAAGCUCGUAAUGAAGGAGCCUACAGACUACAAUAUCGGCGUUUUCAUCGCUUAUGCUGAUAAAGAUUAUCACUUCGCUUGUCACAAACUGCGACACUUUAUAGAAAAAAAUUUAGGUCUGAGAGCUUUUGUAAAGGACCGCGACCUAAUUCCCACAACAGAUAUGGCGACUGGGAUAAUACAAGGGAUAGAAAACAGCUGGAGGGUUCUACUUGUCAUCAACAAAACUUUCCUCAACUCAGACGACUGGUUUCUGUUUAUCUGCAAGUCGUCCAUUUUUUCCAUCUCCCCCUCUAACCCAAAUCGUGUUGUCGUGUUGGUUGAUGAGAACCUACGUCAUCAGCUGCCACGUGAUCUACUCGCGGCUGUGGCGGACGAUAAUGUCAUCACAACGACAAACGAGUUGCUGGACUAUGAGGUCAAGGAAAAACUACGCACUAGGCUAACAGUAUAG